CGGAAUAAAAUCUGCCAUCGCGCGGCCGUGAUUCCUCAGUGUAGCCGAGUGUCUCCCAGCAGUUGGUUCAAUUGGUGUCUUGUGCUUAAGAUGGGGCUCUGGCCUAGUGUGUGGUCCUUGCUACUGCUGUUGGUGGCCCACCAGCAAGUAUGCAGGUCUGAAUCGCCAAUCUCUCUAACGUGCGAACCGCCUACAUGUCGAUACAGUGGCCUUCGUUUUGCCACUCCGUCCGAUACCGCCUCACUAUCGAUUACCUUCGAUUCGGACUACUACAGCCAUGUGACCUUCGAAAACUCAUCCCUUUCGGCCAUACCGCAAACAGUGUUCGCGAAAUCCAGUGGCGUGGAAACGUUCAACGCAUCGGGGUGCGAUAUUUACGAGUUGUUGCCCAAAACGUUCCGUCACGCAGCUGACUUGAAGUAUCUGUAUCUCGACAACAACAGGCUGCGCAAGACAUACGGUAGUAUGUUUUUGGGAGCAAGAAGUUUGGAACUCCUCAGCCUGUCUAAAAACCAACUCGAAACGAUCGAUCCGCAGACGUUCAGGGGAAUUUCGUACGUGCAGGAAAUAGAUUUUAGUGGCAAUCUGUUGCGCACGCUACCGGAUCUGUUUUUCGCGGAAAAGCCAAAGCUAAAAAAGUUGUCGUUAGCGGACAACUUCUUGCAGGAGCUCAAGAAGGAGACGUUCGGUGAAAUGACGGCACUGCAGGAGCUGGAUCUGAGUGGAAACAUGCUGCGAACGCUUGUGGCCGGCACGUUCGAUGGGCCGUGGCAACUGGAACAGCUCCUCCUGCAGAACAACCGGCUGGAAGUGAUAGAAGCAACGGCAUUUGAGAACCUGGUCAAGCUGAGGGGAUUGAACUUAAGCAACAACAAUUUGAAAGUCCUACCGGCAACGGUCUUUAACUCGAUGGGUGUUUUAAGGGAGUUGGAACUACAACAGAACUAUCUGUCGCACCUGGACAGUGCCACGUUCGAGGAGAAUCUCAGAUUGGUGAUGAUCAAUCUGGACAACAAUACGAUCGCAACGCUCCAGCCCGCGUUGAUACAGAAUCUGACCGAUCUGCAGCGUUUCUCUAUCGAGUAUAAUCAAUUGCAGGAGCUGGAUGUGCAGCUGUUCGCGCACAGUACCGAUCUGAAGCGGCUGUGGUUGAGUGGAAACUUCCUGCGGCACAUCAAUCCCGGUACGUUUGACACGUUGGAACAGUUGGAAGAUUUGUACCUUGCAGGUAACUUGCUUAGCACGUUCGAGGGAGGUUUGUUCCGUAAUUGUAGCGAACUGAAGGAGCUUGAUUUGGGUGGCAAUCGUAUCAAACGUUUGGUGGCCGGUUCGCUAGAAGGGGCUUCAAAGCUUCAAAAGCUAACGAUCGACAAGAACGAGGUGACGGAGAUUGAAGAACACUUCCUGAACGAUACACCGCUGCUAGAUACCUUUUCGGCAGAGGACAACUUUAUUCGGAACAUUCCAGUGGGUCUGUUUGGCAAGCUAACUAACCUAACGACGAUCAUUCUGUCGGAUAAUCAGAUCAAAGAACUAGCGCCUGGUACAUUUGAAGGGCUGGAAAGUGUUAUAAAUUUGCAUCUUAACCGAAACCAGCUUAAACACAUCGAUGCAAGCCUUUUAAAUCUAACCAAUCUGGAGUAUUUGGAUUUGUCGUACAAUUUCAUUCGAGAAUUGGAUGAAACUGCACUUGAGGGCGUCCCGAAUCUGGUGACCUUAGAUCUUGAGUCGAACCGCCUCGAUCGCAUUCCAUCGGCCAUCAACAAAACCAUCAAACUGGACUACCUUGGGUUGCAGCGGAAUAGGAUCAGCCGGUUAGAGUCGGGACAGUUCAGUCAGCUGUCCAGCCUGCUUACGUUGAACCUGGACGGCAACAAGAUAGCAACGAUGGAGCAGGGUUGUUUCCGUGGGUUGCAAUCUCUGACAAUGCUGGCAUUCGUGAAUGCCACACCGGAAUACGAAUCACUCGAUCUUUUCAAUGAUUUACAAAAUCUCACUCAACUUUUCAUGGAAGAAACGAACUAUACAGGGCUAAACAGUGUCCGGCUCGAUUCGCUGCAAAGCCUGGACAUCCUAUCGUUCGAUACCAACUCUCUGAUUGGUGUGGAUCCGGGAUUCCUAUCCGGCUUGAAAAACCUCACACGAAUCUCGCUGAAAAAGAGUUCUAUCAGAUUUAAAGCGAGCUACUUUGGAUCACUCCCAAACCUGGAAUACUUAGCCUUUACCAGCAACGAAAGCAUAGCCCUUGAUGAGACGUUCUUUGCGGGAGCGCCAAGCUUACAAACGGUUGAAAUUCAGGACACACUGCUCGAAUCGAUCAGCGUAAAUGCGUUCCGACGGUUAGCCAAUCUGACCGAACUGUAUAUUGGCCCAUUCAAGCGCGAGCUGAAGGACAUCUUCACCGGAAACGAAGCACUGAAAACAUUGAGGAUGAAGCAGAUGAGCUUUACCACCCUGCCGGAUCACUUCUUCUGGGCAAACCGUAGGCUGGACACGUUGACGAUCGAUGGCAACCCCAACCUUUGCGAGCUGAAACCGGCUUGGUUUAAGCAUAUGGCGUAUCUCGACUAUCUGGACGUAUCGUCCAACAACAUUUCGGAGCUUUCGGCGGACUUGUUCGAUAACACUCCCGUGCUGCAUCAACUGUACCUGGCGGAAAAUCCACUCCGUGUGCUUGAUGUCGGCGUGUUCCGAAAGGUGGGCGCUCUGACAGUGCUCGAUCUCGAGGACACGCUGCUGACCGACCUACCGGUAGGAAUAUUUGAUGGGCUGUUCAAGCUAGAGGAGCUGUUCCUGGGCAACAAUAAGCUGUCGAACCUGCCGAACGGUACCUUCCGGGAGCUGUACUCGUUGCGGAUGCUCUGGUUGUCCAACAACUCGAUCGAACAUGUCGAUCCAUUCCUGUUUGCGGAUAUGCCCAGGCUGAAGGAGAUCUCGCUAGACGACAACCGGUUGACCAGUCUUGAUGAUCGACUGUUUGCUGCUCAGCUGGCAUUGCAAAAUUUACACCUUUCUGGCAAUCGGUUCGUUGCAUUCGAUCUCACCACAAUGCCCUAUGCCAGUACGCUGAUUUACCUUGCGCUCGAUACUAACCAGCUACGAUCGGUGAAGAUUACACCUGGUUUGGAGUUUCUUACCGCCGAUGACAACCAACUGUCCGUCGUGGAGACAUCCGACUCGGACUACUACCGGCUGGCGACACUCUCGGUGCAAAACAAUAGCUUCAGCUCGCUGGAUUCGAUCUACCGGUUUGAUCGAUUGCAGGAGCUUAACGUCACGUUGAACCGCAUUGCUGUGCUGGAUUUCGCCAUGAUCGCUACCAAGUUCCCGCGGUUGACCGUUUUGAAUGCGUCGGUGUGUGCUGUCGAGUCAUUGGGACGUACGGAUAAUCCGUACGAGCUGAAGGAGCUGCAGCAUUUGGACUUGUCGAACAAUACGCUGACGAAGGCGGAAAUGAGCAAGAUGGGCAAGAUGCCGAGAUUGAAGACCUUAUUCAGUGCUGAUAAUCGUAUCCAUGGCGUGUUGCGACUGUUGGAUCGAUUGUCAAAGUUUUAGGGUCGACUUCUAAAGGUCAAUGGUGAGUUUGGAAGUCUGUGAAUAGCAAUGUUAAUUUGAUAUGACAAACAUAAAUGAAUAAAUAUGGUAUCUUUUGAUUA